UGCUGGUCCCACUAGAAAAAGAGUUUUCAUCCCUCCCAAAAAGCAGUUGUGAGGAGCCUUGGGUGCCGAGACCGGCGACCCCUGUCGUGCCACCUCCGGGCCGCGCGGGGGCGCUGUGGCAUCGGCGGGCACCCGUGCUAGGGCAGGCACACAAGGCUUCAGUUGCUUGUCGAGCCGGUGGCAGUGGCGGCGGGAGCUCAGGGAGCGGAGGGAGCGCAGCUGGGGACCCCACGGUCCGGCCAUGAACACCAGGUGGUGGGCGGUGGUGGUGCUGGCGGCGCUGCCCUCCCUGGGCGCAGGCGGGGACCCCGAGGCCCCCCCGGAGUCGUGGACACAGCUGUGGCUCUUCCGUUUCCUGGUGAACGUCGCGGGCUACGCUACCAUACUGGUCCCUGGCUACCUCCUGGUGCAGUACUUCAGACGGAUCAACUACUUGGAGACAGGCAGAGGUGUCUUCUUCCCCCUGGUAAGAGCCUGUGUAUUUGGCAAUGAGCCCAAGGCCUCCGAUGAGGUCCCCCUGGCCCCCCGCACGGAGCCAGCAGAGACCAGCCCUACUCGACAGGCCCUGAAACUGCUGUUCUGUGCAGUGGGGCUGCAGGUGUCCUAUUUGACGUGGGGUGUGCUGCAGGAAAGAGUGAUGACCCGCAGCUACGGGGCCACAGCCACGUCACCUGGCGAGCGCUUCACAGACUCGCAGUUCCUGGUGCUGAUGAACCGAGUGCUGGCAUUCCUAGUGGCAGGCCUCACCUGUGUCCUCUGUAAACAGCCGAGACAUGGGGCACCCAUGUACCGGUACUCCUAUGCGAGUCUGUCCAAUGUACUCAGCAGCUGGUUCCAGUAUGAGGCUCUCAAGUUCGUCAGCUUCCCCACACAGGUGCUGGCCAAGGCCUCCAAGGUGAUCCCCGUCAUGCUGAUGGGGAAACUGGUGUCAAAGCGCAGCUACGAGCACUGGGAAUACCUGACAGCUGGCCUCAUCUCCAUCGGGGUCAGCAUGUUCCUGCUGUCUAGCGGCCCUGAGCCCCGCAGCUCCCCAGCCACCACGCUCUCGGGCCUCAUCUUACUGGCAGGUUAUAUCGCCUGUGACAGCUUCACUUCUAACUGGCAGGACACUUUGUUUGCUUAUAGAAUGUCAUCUGUGCAGAUGAUGUUUGGGGUCAACUGCUUCUCGUGUGUCCUCACAGUGGUCUCCCUCCUACAGCAGGGGGCCCUCCUGGAGGGGACACGCUUCAUGGGGCGGCACAGCGAGUUUGCAGCCCAUGCCCUCCUGCUCUCCAUCUGUUCUGCCUUUGGCCAGCUCUUCAUCUUCUACACCAUCAGCCAGUUUGGGGCGACUGUCUUUACCAUCAUCAUGACGCUCCGUCAGGCCAUUGCCAUCCUCCUCUCCUGCCUGCUCUAUGGCCACACUGUCACUGUGGUGGGCGGGCUGGGGGUGGCAGUGGUGUUUGCUGCCCUGCUGCUCAGAGUCUAUGCCAGGGGCCGGCUAAAGCAUCGAGGAAAGAAGGCUGUGCCUGCUGAGUCCCCUGUACAAAUGGUUUGAGGGCCCAAGGGCUAGGUGACAGGAUUAUUCUUCAUGUGGCCAUUUCUCUGGCCUCUGCCACUCCAGAGGCCCUGGCUCCAGGGCAGAUGUGGCUUAGUAUCAGGCUGGCUCUGCAGGUGGGGUGGAGGCCCGGAGGCAGCCUCCCUUGCCUUAGGCCAUCCAUGCCACAUGUCUGCCCCAGGUAGGAGUCUCCCAUGGCAGUCACUUCAGAUCAAGUCUGGUCCAGCUGUGGGCUCUGCCAGCAGCCCUUACCUGUGCUGGCCCCCACCUGGCUACCUUCCCUUCAGACCCCACCUGACCUGCAUUUCUUACUCAGUGAGAAAAGCACAAAUCUAAAUGCUGCUUCCCAGGGGUAGUUCUCUGAGGACGGUGCUGUGCCAGGAAGGGGUGGGAGCCCUGCCCAGUGCUUGCUGCUGUGCCCCUGGGCUGAGGCUCUGCCCAAGGCAGGUGCAGGUUUUGGUACUUUGGAAAUGUCACUUUUUGCUCUUAUAAUUUUAUUAAACUGCUGCAACAGA